UUCCUCUUUAUUUUCAGAGUCUCUUCGCUCAGAAAAAGAAUCACGCAGCUUUAAAAUGGAUGUAUAAAAAUUGACAUGGCCGAUAAAAAUACCUUAAUUUUUCUGAUUCUAGUAGGAAUACAAGGAUCUACAGCAGUGACCCACUCUCUGAAGUAUUUCUACACGGCAUCUUCAGGAAUAGAAAACUUCCCAUCAUACGUCUCUGUUGGGUUGGUGGAUGAUGUUCAGAUAAGUUACUGUGACAGCAACAUCAACAAAAAUAUUCCUAAACAGGAUUGGAUGGAUGAACUGAGUUCAGAACAUCCAAAUUACUGGAAGGAGGAAACUCUUACAUGUCGGGUUAAACAGCAAACCUUCAAAUACAACCUAGAAAUUGCAAAAUUACGUUUCAACAAGACUGGAGGAGUUCACGUCUUUCAGCAGAUGUAUGGCUGUGAGUGGGAUGAUGAGACCGGAGAGGUCAAAGGUUAUGAUCAGUUUGGUUAUGAUGGAGAAGAUUUAAUCAUGCUGGACCCACAAACACAAGUAUGGAUCGCUCCAAAACCAGAAGCUGUCAUCACCAAACACAAGUGGGAUAAUAAUAGAUAUGAUUUAGAAGAUGAGAAGUUCUAUUUAACUCAGACAUGUGUUGAGUGGCUGAAGAAAUAUGUGAAUUAUGGGAGGAGCUCACUGAUGAAAACAGUUCGUCCCUCAGUUUCUUUUCUCCAGAGGUUUCCAUCCUCUCCAGUCAGUUGCUUCGCUACAGGUUUCUAUCCCAACAGAGCAGAAAUGUUCUGGAGGAAAGAUGGAGAGGAGAUUCAUGAUGAUGUGGAGAAAGGAGAGAUUCUCCCCAACAAUGAUGGGACCUUCCAGAUGAGCAUUUAUCUUGAUCUUUCAUCUGUUCCACCUGAAGACUGGACGAGGUAUGAAUGUGUGUUUCAGCUCUCUGGUGUCAGAGAAGGCCUUGUCACCAGACUGGAGAAAAACAAAAUCAACACCAAUGAAGUGACCCACUCUCUGAAGUAUUUCUACACGGCAUCUUCAGGAAUAGAAAAUCCAUCAUACGUCUCUGUUGGGUUGGUGGAUGAUGUUCAGAUAAGUUACUGUGACAGCAGAACCAAGGAAAAUAUUCCUAAACAGGAUUGGAUGAAUAAAGUGAAUUCAGAACAUCCAAAUUACUGGAAGGAGGAAACAGAGACAUGUCUGGCUAAACAGCAAACCUUCAAAAUCAGCCUAGAAAUUGCAAAACAACGUUUCAACCAGACUGGAGGAGUUCACGUCUUUCAGCAGAUGUAUGGGUGUGAGUGGGAUGAUGAGACCGGAGAGGUCAAAGGUUAUGAUCAGUUUGGUUCUGAUGGAGAAGAUUUAAUUAUGCUGGAUCCACAGACACAUCAAUGGAUCUCUCCAAAACCACAAGCUGUCAUCACCGCAAACAGAUUUAAUAAUAAUAGAAUUAUUAAAGAACUUGAGAACAUCUACUUAACUCAGACAUGUGUUGAGUGGCUGAAGAAAUAUGUGAAUUAUGGGAGGAGAUCACUGAUGAAAACAGAUUGUCCCUCAGUUUCUCUCCUCCAGAGGUUUUCAUCCUCUCCAGUCGGCUGCUUUGCUACAGGUUUCUAUCCCAACAGAGCAAAAAUGUUCUGGAGGAAAGAUGGAGAGGAGAUUCAUGAUGGUGUGGAGAAAGGAGAGAUUCUCCCCAACAAUGAUGGAACCUUCCAGAUGAAUGUUGACAUCGAUCUGUCCUCUGUUGCAAAUGAAGACUGGAACAAGUAUGAAUGUGUGUUUCAGCUCUCUGGAGUCAAGGAAGACAUGACCACAAGACUGGAGAAAACAAGAAUCUUGAGAAAUAAAUCAAACAUCCCGACUGUGAUCUUCACCCUUGUUGUUGUUCUGGCUGUCCUCGGUCUCACUGCUGUGAUUGGAUUCAUUAUUUACAAGAAGAUGAACGAUUCAUCAAUAUAGUCUAAACUGACACAAGAAAUGUGUUGCUGACAUGUUACUGAUGUUCAACAGAUGUCUAAGAAAUCCAGUUUUAAAAUUGAGGAACAUUAACAAUAACUGGUUCAAAUGCCUGUGAUGGACUGGUGACCAGUUGUGGUUCCGCCUCUCACCUGUUGGUGGUACCAGCACCUUCCCGACCUCACAAGGGAUAAGCAGAUAAGCUUGUUGGAUAAUGAAGGCUUUAUCCAACUGUGUGUUACAUUCUGAUGGGUAAUGAUGCCACUUGACAAAAUGCAGUGUUUUAAUUGUUAAUUGAGUCUUUUAUGACUUUGUAUUUUUGUGUAUUUAUAAAGCAAAGCCUUUUGAACUGCCUUGUUGCUGAAAUGUAGAAAUAAACUGGACUUGAAUGGAUGUUUCAAAUACUGUUAAAUAAAGUAGUUUUGACAUUUUUGUCUAGAAGUGUUGCCAUUGUUUUGGGUUCUGUAAAUAAUAAUAAACUUUUUAUUCAAACAAUAA